AUGGCAUUCCAUUCUCAAAGUGACGGUCAAUCGAAGAGGACUAUUCAAAUACUUAAGGUUUUGGAGCGCGUGGGCGCGGUGGCUUACAGAGUAGCAUUACCACCGAAGCUUGCGAGGGUGCAUGACGUGUUUCAUGUAUCCAAUCUCCGCAAGUAUGUUCAUGAUCCAGAGCAUAUUCUCUCGUAUGUACCGAUGGAGCUUCAAGAGGAUAUGACUUACGAGGAGUUCCCGGCGUAUGUCAUUAAUCGGAAGGUGAGAAAACUACGGAACCGUGAAAUUUCGUAUGUUAAAGUCCGUUGGUGCGAGCAUGGCGAUCGGGAAGCUACUUGGGAGCUCGAGAGCUCAAUGAGAGAGCAUUAUCCCCAUCUCUUCGAGAAUCUGGAUUGA